AUGUCAUCAUUCUUACCUGUGAAUAAUAUUUCGUCGCCGCAAGACCGUGUGAUGGAGGAGGCGACGCCACCCACCACACCUCGACCCCAUCUAACUAACGUACCGGAGGCGCAAGACGCCGCGAAAAUGGUGGAUAUGGAAAAGGACGGCAGUACGCCCCGAAAUGUAAACAACUCUGACCAUUCUUCUCAACCCGCAGGCUCGCAAGGGAGCGGGCUGUCAGUAUCCGAGGAGGCAUCGCACGGAGACUCGGAGGGUGAUCGUGAUGGUUCAGACCACGACUCGGACCACAAAGGCGAUGCUCCCCCGUCAAAGAAGAAAAAAGGACAACGGUUCUACUGCACAGAUUACCCGCCUUGUAAUCUAAGCUUUACCCGAAGCGAGCAUCUCGCCAGACAUAUUCGGAAACAUACUGGGGAACGUCCAUUCCAAUGCCAUUGCUCGCGACGAUUUUCCAGGCUCGAUAACCUGCGGCAGCAUGCUCAAACGGUACAUGUGAACGAGGAGAUUCCGGGCGACUCGCUCGCAGCCACUGGAACCCGGUUUCAGCGUCAGAUUCGAACCGAUCGAGUGCGGCCUCAGGGUCGAGCCAGGGCUGGUACUGGCGGCAGUCAGGGAACUCAUAGCAGAGGCCAUAGCCGAAAUUUGUCCACAUCGAGUAUCACGUCGACCGCGUCGACAUUUAGCCAACCUCCAGAGCUUCGUCGCCGACCUCCGCCGUUGAUUAUGGCGAAUGACGGUCGAGCUCGUCUCGCUUUAGAUACAAUGGGCGAUCCCCCUAGUACACCACCAGGUCAAAUCCGUGGGGUACCGGGCCCAGCUGUGGCUGGCUCACCCUACGCACCCUCUCAUAUCUUUGCUGGAGGCAACGGCAGUCCUCAUGUCGCCUCGCCGAUGUCUGCAGCAUCUCAUGCCUCUGGCUUCUGGGAUGGUAAAACCGCUGCGCGUCGCUUGUCCGUUCCAUCGGGCGCUAAUCCGUUCGCAUCGCAACCGGUCAAUGCCUACCCCCCUGGUUACGCAAACGCAGGCUCGACAGCUGCAUAUCACCCCCAGGGAGGGGUUUAUGCAAGCCCAGUGAGCUCCAGCUACUCGAUAUCCCGGGAUGAGACAUCGCACAAUGCAGCGGAUGCCGAUCUGCGGAGACGUACCUGGCAUCCAUCCACGUACUCCACCGUCUCACGGCCUGCUACUAGUGGAUACGGGAACUACCAGCCUACUGAGACAUUGCCGCACUCUUACGGCGCCAAUACACAGGACGAACAACCGCCGCGUCUGCCGGGAAUUGAGAGCUUUGAUAAGGUUGUCUCGCGGCCUCUCACUCCACCGGUGCGCCGGCCAAGUCCGAUGCACCUUGAUAACGGCAAUAAGCCGCCACCUAACUAUACCUUUGGGGGAGGAUUCAACUAUAACAAGCCGUCAGUUCGGCCACCUCCCCCGAUUUCUGGUCCUGGACAUCGCCGGGGUCACGUUUCCUGGGACAUGUCAUUGCACACGAAUUUGACUGGAUUGCAUAUCCGGGACAAGCCCCUCCAUAAAGACGCAUCACACUGGAGCCAGCAAACUAUAGCCGAACUUCAUAAUGUUGGUUCUCGCCCGUCUUCAUCCUACCAUCCACAGCAACAAUACCAGGAUUACCGCGGACAUCAUUCUCGUGGCCCAAGUUACAGCAGCACCAUUCAUGCUACUCGAACAUCCCCGGAGGAUUCAAGCAGUAGUGAAGGAGUUCAUACCCCAUCAACGGCAUCUCUUGAGUACCACCCUGCCAUUGUGCACAACAACGGGUACAUCGAGCCGCAUCAUACCCCAUUCUCAUCCGAUACGUCUCAAACAGCAUCACAGUCCGAUGGGUACCACAGUAAGCCUAAACCCGGAACUGACUUCUUCAACAAUAACCAUCCGUCGAGCAGAGAGUCCGGUAUGGGUAGGCUCGAGGCUCUAGUUGCUGUUGCAACCAGUGAGAAUAAGGGGUCUGCAAAGUUGUUUGCAUGA